UCUCGCAGUCAACGCACCGCUGUCUUCGAGGUCUGCGGAGUGUACAGUGAUACCCUGAGACAGGAUGGGAAAGGGCUGCAAGGUUGUGGUUUGUGGCUUGCUAUCUGUGGGGAAGACAGCAAUUUUGGAGCAGCUUCUUUAUGGGAAUCAUACUAUUGGAAUGGAAGAUUGUGAAACAAUGGAAGAUGUAUAUAUGGCUUCAGUGGAAACAGAUAGAGGAGUAAAGGAACAGUUACAUCUUUAUGAUACCAGAGGCCUGCAGGAAGGCGUGGAACUACCAAAGCAUUAUUUUUCAUUUGCCGAUGGCUUUGUUCUAGUAUACAGUGUGAAUAAUCUUGAAUCCUUUCAAAGAGUGGAGCUUCUGAAGAAAGAAAUUGAUAAGUUCAAAGACAAAAAGGAGGUAGCAAUUGUUGUACUAGGAAACAAAAUCGACCUCUCUGAACAGAGACAAGUGGAUGCUGAAGUGGCACAGCAAUGGGCAAAAAGUGAGAAGGUGCGACUGUGGGAGGUAACAGUUACAGAUCGGAAAACUCUGAUUGAACCAUUCACUCUCUUAGCCAGCAAACUGUCCCAGCCCCAGAGCAAAUCGAGCUUUCCUUUGCCUGGGAGGAAAAACAAAGGGAAUUCUAGCGCUGAGAACUAAAAACCAAUGCCACAAUUUUUUGUUGAAUAGUGAAUACCUUUAAGUGUCUGUGAACAUAAUUAAAAUAGGCCAUUUGU